AUGGCCGAUUCUGCCAGCCUUGCCAAUAAGAUGGAUAUCGACGAGGCCGCGAUCGAUGAAGGUCUCUAUUCUCGCCAACUUUAUGUGCUGGGGCAUGAAGCUAUGAAGAAGAUGGCUGCAUCCAAUGUGCUCAUCGUCGGAAUGCGAGGUCUUGGUGUCGAAAUCGCCAAGAAUAUUGCACUCGCUGGUGUGAAAUCAGUUACUAUCUAUGACCCAGAGCCUGUCACUGUUCAGGAUCUUAGCUCGCAAUUUUUCCUACGAGCCGAAGAUGUCGGAAAAUCGCGAGCUGCAGCGACUCUACCGCGAUUGGCUGAGCUCAACACUUACGUUCCCGUUCGAGAUCUCGGCGGAAACCCUGGGGAAGAAAUAACGGUCGACCUCGUUAAAGGUUUCCAUGUUGUCGUCCUUUGCGAGGUAUCAUAUCAGAAGCAGUUGGAAAUUAAUGACUGGACCCAUGAACAUGGCGUACACUUCGUUGCCGCUGAGACUAGGGGCCUUUUUGGAUCCGCGUUUAACGAUUUUGGCUCGAAAUUUACCUGUGUAGACACCACCGGCGAACAGCCACUGAGUGGGAUGAUUGUCUCUGUUGACAAGGAUACAGAGGGUGUUGUUACUUGCCUUGACGAGACAAGACAUGGUUUAGAAGAUGGUGACUUUGUCACCUUCUCUGAGGUUCAAGGAAUGACGGAACUCAACGGAUGUGAGCCCCGAAAGAUUACUGUUAAGGGACCGUACACCUUCAGUAUUGGCGACACUUCAAGCCUUGGCGAUUACAAAACUGGAGGAAUCUUUACUCAAGUUAAGAUGCCGAAGAUUCUGAACUUUAAAUCUCUCAGAGAGUCCCUCAAGAGCCCAGAAUUCUUCAUCAGCGAUUUCGCCAAAUUUGAUCGUCCUGCCCUCCUACAUGUUGGAUUUCAGGCGCUGUCAGACUUUGCUACUCGCCACAACCGACUUCCCAAAGCACGAAAUGAAGAGGAUGCUAAUGCCGUCGUUGCUUUGGCGAAGGAACUGGACCCUGACGUGGACGAAAAAAUUCUGAAGGAGCUUGCUUAUCAGGCUACUGGUGAUUUACCUGCUAUGAAUGCAGUCCUUGGAGGGUUUGUUGCUCAAGAGGUACUCAAAGCCUGCUCUGCCAAGUUUCACCCAAUGUUUCAACAUCUGUAUUUCGACUCUUUGGAGUCAUUGCCGAACGAGUUACCUAAGGAAGCGGAUUGCCAGCCUAUUGGAUCGAGAUAUGAUGGUCAAAUAGCAGUCUUUGGCAAAACUUUCCAAGACAAGGUGGCAAAUCACCGGCAGUUCCUUGUGGGGUCGGGGGCCAUCGGGUGUGAGAUGCUCAAGAACUGGAGUUUAAUGGGUGUCGCUUCUGGUCCAAACGGCAUAAUUCAUGUCACAGAUUUGGAUACCAUUGAAAAGAGCAAUCUUAAUCGUCAAUUCCUUUUCAGAGCCAAAGAUCUCGGUAAAUUUAAGGCUGAGGUUGCUGCUAUCGCGGUCGCAGAUAUGAAUCCCGAUCUGUCAGGCAAGAUUCUGGCUAAGCAGGAACCUGUCGGACCCGCAACUGAAAAUAUCUAUGAUGAGGCGUUCUUUGACGGCAUUGAUGGAGUAACGAACGCAUUGGAUAAUGUGAAAGCUCGUUUGUAUAUGGACCAACGCUGUGUCUUUUAUCGCAAGCCGCUACUGGACUCUGGAACUCUCGGCACCAAAGGAAAUGUCCAAGUUAUCAUUCCAAACCUUACGGAAUCAUAUGCUUCGUCGCAAGAUCCUCCUGAGAAGGAAACACCUUCCUGUACGAUCAAGAACUUCCCCAAUGCCAUUAACCACACCAUUGAGUGGAGUCGUACUCAAUUUGACAACUUGUUUGUUAAACCUGCUCAAGCCGCCAAUGCUUACCUUUCGGAGCCCAAUUAUCUAGAAAGCACAUUGAAGUAUUCGGGUCAACAGAAAGAACAAAUUGAGCAGAUUGUAUCUUUCUUGGUCACUAAUAAACCUUUGACUUUUGAGGAAUGCAUUAUCUGGGCUCGUUUGCAAUUUGAGCGGGAUUACAACAACGACAUCCAGCAACUUUUGUUCAGUUUGCCCAAGGAUGCUACAACCAGCACUGGACAGCCUUUCUGGAGCGGACCCAAGAGAGCACCUGAUCCUCUUGUUUUUAACGCCAAUGAUCCUACUCAUCUGGACUACAUUAUUGCUGCAGCCAAUCUGCAUGCUUUCAACUAUGGCCUUCGUGGUGAAACAAAUCCGGCCAUCUUUCGAAAAGUAGUGGAAUCAAUCAUUGUACCUGAAUUCACACCAAAGAGCGGUGUCAAAGUACAAAUUUCCGACAAUGACCCAGUUCCUCAAAACAACGCCGGAGCAGAUGUCGAUACAGAAGACUUGGCCCGCCAACUUCCUUCUCCUUCUUCUCUUGCAGGAUAUCGCCUCACUCCUUGCGAAUUCGAGAAGGAUGACGACACUAAUCAUCAUAUUGAUUUCAUCACGGCUGCUUCCAACCUUCGGGCCAUGAACUACAACAUCACCCCCGCUGACAAGCAUACAACAAAGCAGAUCGCUGGAAAAAUUAUUCCAGCCAUUGCCACUACCACAUCACUUGUCACAGGAUUAGUGUGCUUGGAGCUUUACAAGAUUAUUGAUGGAAAGAAACGCCUAGAAGACUACAAGAACGGCUUCGUCAACCUGGCCUUACCUUUCUUUGGCUUCUCAGAGCCUAUUGCAGCCAAGAAAUCCAAGUAUAGAGAUGUUGAGUGGACACUGUGGGACCGGUUCGAGUUUACAAACGACCCUACAUUAAAAGAUAUUGUGGAAUACUUUGAGAGAGAGCACAAGCUUUCGGUUACAAUGGUUAGCCAGGGCGUGAGCAUGCUUUGGAACUCUUGGAUUGGAAAGAAGAAGAGCGACGAGAGGCUGCCUAUGAAGUUCAGCCACCUGGUUGAACAUGUCAGCAAGAAGCCCAUUCCUCCUCACUCUAAGCACCUUGUUGUUGAGGUCAUGGUGACAGAUGAGGAAGAUGAAGAUGUCGAGGUCCCAUUCAUUGUCGUCAAGAUCUAA